AUGGUCUUCGUCAGGCUGUCGGGUUCUUCGCCUACUCCGAGCAUCGUCGCCGCGCCCCUAACCCUAGCCGCCGCCACGGGUCGUCGUCCCUGCCGCAGCCGCCUCCAAGCCGCCGCCGCAGCCGCCGCCCAUGCCGCCGCUACUGCGCCGCUGCCCUACCCCGCGACCGCACCCACACCUCGUCGCCGCGCCCUAACCCUAGCCGCCGCCACGGGUCGUCGUCCUCGCCGCAGCCGCCUCAAGCCGCCGCCGCAGCCCGCCGCCCACGCCGCCGCUACCUGCGCAGCUGCCCUACCCCGCAGCCGCGCCCACACCCCAGCCGCCGCGCCCUCCUCCUCGUGCGCCGCCGCUCCAUCGUCGUCCACCUCUUCAUCUACUCCGACCACCGCGUAUGUUGGCCUCGGCACCUUCUACCCCAUGUCGGAUGGCGCCGCAAUCGUCGUCGAGUCCUUCUCUACGCAUGCCCGGUGCUGGCAACACCGACGCGUGCCUUCGUCCACGACGUGUCCCCGGGCCCGGCAAACCCGGCGCGACGCCUCGUCAACAUCGACUUCCUCCGUCUACGCAUGCCCAGUGCUGGCAACACCGAUGCGUGCCUUCGUCCACGACGUGUCCCCGGGUCCGGCAAACCCGGCGCGACGCCCCGUCAACACCGUCUUCUUCCCGGCGCACCACUACCUCAACACCACUGCGCCUACGUCUAACUUGGCGCCUCCUUGCGCCCGCGGCUCCACGGCGACCAACUCGACACCGGCCACCCCGACUCGACAUCGACCUCGGCAUCUCUCGCACGGCUACCUCGACCACGGCUACACCACUCUACGCUCUCGGCUACCUCGACCUCGGCACAAAGGGCUACCGCCUUGCUUGAGCAACCUCGCCGGCUUCCACUCCAGCCACAACAUCCGCGAUGUGUCGACCGUUACGACUGUGGUGGGGAUGUCCAUUGGCUCCGCCUUCGGAUUCUUCUCCAGUCUCAUCGUCUACGUCGCUACGUUGUGA